CUUAUCCUUGGUGGUGCACUACAGGAUGUUUUUACAGAACAAGAUCCGGAUUCUUCGUCUUUCUCGCCGAGAGUGGGUUCAGGUUCUUUCGGAAGGUUUUCUAUUGCCUUGGUGUAAUAGCUCUCGAAAGUUUGUACACUUCGGCCUUCUAAAUCAUAAUUUAUGUCAGCAAUUGAAACGGGAUCAUCAAGAUCGAAUCCAACUGUUUCGCACACGUCGUCCAAUUCAUCGCACGGGGGAUAUCCCACGAUCUUCAUACGCGUCGGCACUGUGUUGCGUUUGCCUUCCGGGACGAUUUCUUCAGAAACAUGAUCGAUAGAUACAGAUUCAAUAACAACAGGAUAUGGGAGCUUCACUACCACUUGCCCACUGGACCCUUUCAUCGGCCAGCAGGAUCCUGGUAGGGUAUUUUUCUGUAAGAUAGCUUCGGGUGGAGCCACGUCCCCGCUCAAAAAACCCUAGCAAACCAAAAAAAGAGAAAAUUUCAGCAAAGUAGUUUUCAAUGCUAUACCUGCUGUCAAUUACGUUACGCAAAGGCGAAAUCAAAUUGUCGUUCAACGUACCAGACUGUGAUAAAUAUAGGAGGGAAUAGUAGCUUGAGUUUUUUCCCAACCAGCGGGAAAGAGUCUUUCCCAAUCUUGAGGGAUGAAUUGGCUCCACCAAACAGAUCCCAGGGUUUGAGAUGGAGUCGGCGGUGGUGAAUAUGUGUCGGAGGUCAGCCAAUGAACAACAGAGCCCCCUUGCGCAUGGUCGACCUUGCCGAUGCCGUCUUGAGCGUUAUUGUUCAGAGCUUGUUGAAUCUUUGUAAUAAUCGUGUUAAUUGAAGGACACUCGUUUGUUUUGUCAUUACCACUAUCCUCUUUAGAUAUAUUGACUUGUGGAUUCUUGCUGAGAAUGUUUUUUUCAAACACAUCCAGCUCUUCUUUCAUUACUGUCAGUACCCACUUUCUCAUCUCGAUUUCACUCUCAUUGACAAUGGCAUCAGUGUCAAGUCGUUUCUCCAGAAUAUCCGAUGUAAUUUCCACCACAAUAUCUGCAUCAACAUUGGCUACUGGACUUAUCUUUUUGGAUCCUUUAUCGUCAAACAACUCUUCUUGCUUCUUUUUUUCUUUUUUGAGGGCCCUGAGCUUUCUUUCUCUUUCCAACGUUUCUUGCAAACGCUCGACAAGACUUUUCAUUUGAAGUGCAUUCGCCCUUUGCAAAAGGGUGUUUAUUUCCGCUUCUUUCUUUGCAACUUCUUUCAUCGUAGAUUCGAGACGGCUGAAGUUUUUCAUCAGUUUCGCCAUCUUUUGAUUCAUGGCUUUCAUAGACGCCGCCGACAUGUUCGAACCAGCGCCCUCUGCCUCGUCCAACAACUUUUUUGCUCCGUCCAGCGUUGCCGAAACCGUUUCAACCGAGGGACCAGAAGCCACAACAGUCGCCUGCAAAAGCACAUAGAACAGGAUCCAGUACCUUCUGGUGGUUGCCAAACAGUUCAUCGCGUACUACAGCAACUAUAUCUCUUUCCAAUAGGUCAACAUAGAGAUACAGUACAAGUGCAAAUCUCGAGAAGUAAACUUGUCGCAGCGAAGUCGCUUCUCGUGUGACCUAAAAUUUGAAUAUCCUACCGUAUUGUACAUACGUGCCGUACCUCAUUUUGCAUUUUUGUGACUGUGCCUUGCGUCCCACAUCUCUUCAAAACGCACGAAAAGGGGAUUUUGUUUCGAAGUUGGUAUUUUCUUAGAGUUAGGGAUAACAAUGCAGUACCGUUAAUGUAGAGUUCAGAUAGGUAUGGUACUACGCGUAGUAAAUCAGGUUCAGUACUAUUAUUCUACUUCGUACGAACUCCUUCGUACGAAGAAGAGUAGGAGUACGUACUGUACGGUACUUCUACGAGGUCGUACAUUACGAGGCGUUCACCACGGCAAACAACGAAAAAGACAACAUUUUUGAAUACCUUCGAGAUCACGACGAAGCAUCAAUCGAUGCGUAAUGAUCUUUUCCAAAACUCAUCACAAACUCAAUCAAUACAACGCCAUCUCCAGCUCUACUGGUAUGCUCUACAUGGGAUCCAGCAGUUCUUCGCAUCUUGUGAUCUUGGCCUUCAAUCAGACGAAUCCCACGGCGCUCGUACCGCUAAAGCCAUUUUCAGAAGAGACCAAAAAGGCGCCACAUCCAUAACAACAAACACAUUCUAGGGCCUACCCGCUGUCGGGACAAAAAUAACCCGCAACCACAUCCGGUCACGAUGAGCAGCGGUGGUGCCUUGUCAAUGAGCGGACGGGGCACGCGGAAACGCCCGGCGCUCUCCUCGUCCUCUCCGGCUUCGGCCCUCAUUCUCGAACAAGACAACGAACCGCCCACACGCCGGGCCCGGAGAGACGUCCUAUCGUGCGAGCUGGAGACCCUCCAGGCCGAGCUGGAGCACGAGCAAUCCCUCCGCGCCCUGGAUUCCAAGCGCUUUGUUCAAAUCAAGCAACGACUGGAAAAGCGGUGCGAUUUUGCCAUGGAAGAGGCCAAGGACUGCAAGGCGCUGAUGGAGGAAAUGCGGGAAGAAAACGAACGCCACAUGGACCAGCUCAAGAGGGCCAUGGCGAGAACAAAGGCGGAGCUGCGGGAGGUCCAGGAGGAACUCGAKGAAGAACGAUUUGUCGGCGUGAGGAAGGGAUCGGACGGAGAUCCCCGUGUGGACAUGCUCAAGGAAGGGCUAGAGGAGAAGGAGGCGGAAAACGAACAACUCCGGGGAACCAUCGAUCAGCUGAGGUGCGACAUGAAAGAACUCCUUGAGGAACAGCAAUCGGUGGACAGGCAGUCCCGGAUGCAGCCCGGGGGAGAAGAAACGGAGGGCUUGAUAUCCGAGGCGCGGCCCAAGGCACUGAGGGAGCUGAAUCGGGUGCGGAUCCGAUUGGCCGAAACCGAGCGCAAGAACCGGCAGUACAAGCGGAUCGCGGAAGAUGCGCAGCGAAAAACAAAGCAGUUCCUCCAGGAAAAGGAACAGGCCCGUGUCGCCGGCAAGCGCAUCGAACAACUCGAACAGGAGCUGCAACGGGCUGUGAAGGCGGAAGAAUCCACCUCGGAACAACUUCGGCACUGGCAGUCUCUGGGCGUGGAAAUGGUUCGAGUGUUCGCUCCGGGAGCAGCGAAGGGGAGCCGGGACCCCGACAUUGCGGUCGUGCAGAAACACCUCAACGACGCAAAGACGAGGGCCAGCGCAUCGGAAAAACACGAAUCCGAGCUGAAGAAAGAGCUCGAGAAGGCCAACGAAGCGAUCCAAAUCCUGCAGGCGGAAAAGUCGAGCUUUGGGCGGAAAGAGGCCGCCUGGGAAGAGCAACGCCUGGAGCAGGAAAAGCGCCAGCAACUCUACCAAAAAGACAUGAAGGUCCUUCGCAGUCAGGAAGGUGUUUACAAGCGAGAGGUGGAAAGCCUCCGUUCCAUCGUGAAAACCUUUGAUGAACUGCCGCUGAAGGCAAGUCAGGGAGGAAGCGUUGGAACCAAUUCCGGGGGAAACAGCCAUCCCGCGAAUGUCCGUGCCCUAGAGGCGUCCCUGGAAGCGGCCGACCAGGAAAACGCCGUCCUCAAGGAGGCAACCAAUGAGUUGCGAGGUGACCUCAAAACUUCGAUGGCGGAGAAGAAAGAACUGCAAAACAAGCAUGCUACCGUCCUUGAAAAGUUUGGGAAACUCCGGGACGCUCUCUACGCCGAGCGGGCAAAGGCAGAAAAAGCCGAAGAGCGGGCCAACAGAGCAGAGAUCCUUGCCGGAAAAGGAUCCUUCAACCCCGAACGCACCCGCGUUCUGCACAUGGGAGCUAAUCCACUGACCAUGGCGCUGAAGGAAGAGAUUGGAGUUCUCAAGAAACAAAUCGAGCUUCUUUCGAGCGCUGAAACCAACAAGAAGACCAAGAGCGCCUUUGCAUCGGAUGUAGAUCCAAACAAGUUGCAUCAGCGAUUGAAACAAUCGUUCAAGGAACAAAUUUCCAGGUACAGGGAGGGAGUAUACCUGAUGACGGGAUAUAGGGUAAGCACGGUGGGAGUAUUGCUGCGAUACAGAGACAGAAUAAGAUGUUUUCCGACUCAUCGAAAGCCUAACACCAAAGAUUCUAUUGUUUCGAUUUUUUAAAGGUGGAAAUGAUUCCCGACAACGACCGCUACACAUUUAAGGUUCGAUCUAUGUUUGCAGAACGGGAAAGAGAUUACCUAGUGUUUCAAUGGCCAGAAGGGAAGGAGGUGACUUCGUUGGAUCUGCUGAAUACCGAGCACGCUAAAAUGUUGACAAAGAGUCCCUCCUAUGAAUACAUGACAAAAUUUCACAGUUUGCCCGCCUUUUUGUCGAGUGUGCAGCUGAGUUUGUUUGAGAAACAAACAAUGAUCUAGCCCCGAGAUGAUUUGUGGGGCUAUUUGGUCCUCCUUCUGCAUGGGACUCGUCUUGGGAGCAAAAGUAACCACAAGAACAGAACAAGUGAAAGGCCCAGCUAAGAGAACGUCAAAAAUCUCCUGUUCACUUACAAACAACAAACUGCCAAAUGGUUCAUUGAGUACUGUACGAUAGACAGACUUCACGCAAGAUUGACAUGUAUGAAUAUUUGGAGACUGACUACUAGAAUCUCAAACCUAAAGUU